AUGGAAGAUGGCCAUGGGAUGCAUAUGACAGUCAAUGACAAGCGUGAAGAGCGCUUCUCUUUGCACAUUGACGAUGAAUCUUUUCCCCACAAUCCGUACUUGAAACUUGAUUUCCCACAUAGAUGUGGGGGUUACUAUAAGCAUUACUUCCAAAUAGUGGCCUCACUGAAUGGAAUAGUCUGCCUGGUCGAUCCAAAUCGCUGUAUACUGUGGAACCCUUCAGUGAACAGAGUCAUGGAGCUCCCGUUUCCAUUUCAUUAUCCGGAUCGUGCAGUCUUGCAACGUUUUGGGUUCGGCUGUGACCGAAUUACGAAUGACUACAAGCUGGUAAGACUACUCUACUCUGGAAGAAAAGGCCAUUAUGUGAUUCCACCUGUGGUUGAGACUUUCACUCUUAGCACAAACUCAUGGCGACGACCCGCAGCUCCUGGUCCUAUGUAUAUCACUGUUCAACAUUCAUCAUCAUCACAGGCCUUUGCAUCUGGUGCAGUCCACUGGGUUGCGCAUGGUCCACCAGAAGAGGGCACUUUCUGCAAUCUGAUUCUAGCAUUUGAUACGGCUAAGGAGGUUUUUCACGAACUUCCUCUGCCCAGCUGUUUAGCAGCAAAAUCAAACUUGAAUAUGACUCUCGCGGUGUUGAACGGGUUACUUUCUCUGGUCCCUCGCAAUAAUGGUCCGGUCGGCGACGAGUCUUACUCAGACUCCGUGUGGAUCAUGAAAUAA